AUGCAAUGCGAUACCACGACUGUGAGCCCAGAGCUGGACGCUGGAGAGGCGGCAGAAGAUGGGAGCAGCUUAGUAGUCCAUAAACGAAGCGAGCGGAGGGUAGAUAGAGCGUUGGUGCGGGAGCUCGAGAGCUUACGUCACGUUGUGAAGGUGAAGUCGGUGAGAAUAGAAGAGGCACGGAAAAUUCUCGAGAUGGAAGAGAAUAAACUGAGUAAACUCUCUAGAAGUGAGCUCAGUAAGCCGCAAGAGGUCGAGGAGCAGCAGGGCCGUGUGGAGUCAGCGUGGAGGCUCGUCACUGAGCAUGAGUACCUUCGAGACUUGGCAUUGUUAGAAGUUCAUCGCUUGGAGAGCUCAGCGUUGGCGACGAGGAAGCAGUCAAAACUCGGCAAUAUGGAGGCUUCAAUGACGGCAGCUGUAGCAGCUAGGAAAUUGCAGGACGAGCUGAAAAGAGCAUACCGAGAUGUUCAACGUGAGCGAACGAAGUUUGAGGCGGAAGAGGCUCAACAGAGGCUGGAAGCGGAGAGAAAU